AUGAAUUCAUCCACGCAACACAAAGUUGGCAUUUUCCCCGCCUCUGGAGGUAUCGGUGGGGGCACUGUAAAGCACAUAUUACAACGUCUCUCUCCAACAAACUUGAUCCUCAUCUCCAGGAACCCCAACAACCUUUCGCAUGCACGAGAACUGGGAGCAGACGUUCGCCAAGCUGAUUACGACGACGAUGAAUCAAUUCGGAAUAGUUUCCGCGGAAUCAAGACUUUGUUCUUGAUUUCGUAUGCAUCAGUUGAGCGACAUAAGUUUGCCGUCGACACUGCCAUUGCAAGUGGUGUGAAGCACAUCUUUUAUGGGUCCUUGGGCUUUGCUGGAAAUGCACAGAACCAGGAGUCAGUGGCUCACGUCAUGAAGGCACACCUCCUUACUGAGAGAUACCUUCAUGCAUGCGGCAAAGAGCAUCCUGGUUUCGAUUACACGAUUGUCCGCGAAGGACUUUACACCGAGUCCUACCCGCUCUACACCUCGUUCUUUGACCCGGCUCGAUCUGUCAACGAGAUCAAGAUUCCUCAUGACGGCGCUGGACCCGGUAUUGCAUGGGUUAAGAGGGAAGAGCUGGGAGAGGCUACAGCUGAGCUCAUAUCUCGCUACGUCACAGAACCUGAUAGCUUCCCUUACCGCCAACAGACGAUUCUCUUCUCGGGAACAAAGACAUUGACCUUGUCGGAGACAGUCGACAUUCUCAGCGAGGUAGCAAAGGUCCCGGUCCAGAUCAAGCAGGUUUCGGAUGAUGAGUUCGCCUCUCAGGCUCAGGUGAUUCUGAACUUCACUUACCGUGGAGUUGACUACUCGAAGCCGUGGGCUUCAGCCUUUGAGGCGUUCCGUAGGGGUGAGGCGGCUGCUGCGUCGCCGUUGCUGAGUGAGCUUUUGGGAAGAGAGCCGGAGGAUUUCAAAACCACUUUGAUGAACUCACUCAAAGCUUAA